AUGACUGGCGUCCUUUUACAAUUAUUUCUUGCCUUUGACGGUUUCAACAGAAUCUACCCCUCCAACUUUCAAAGUUCCUCAAAUCUGUCCGAGGAUGUUCAGACAAAAAUGGAACUAUUUAAUUCAGAACAUUCAAGCUUCACCAUUCUUCUCACUUCUGGUCUACCUAUCAGCAUUCAAAUCUCUCUUAAUUAUGGUACUUUGAUACUUUUCACUUGCUUUGUCAAUAUAACUGCAUCAUGCUUUCUUGAAUUCAAUCCCCAUAUUCCUCUUCUGCUGCAGGAUAAAGCCGAGCUUAUUGAAGGGAAGGUGGACUGGAAAGGAAGAACGGCCAGGAAAGAUGAGCAUGGUGGAUUCGGCCCAUCUUUGCUCAUACUGGGUAUAUUUGCUUUUGAGAACAUGGCAACUUUGGCCUUGGCUGUUAAUUUGGUGACAUACUUUAAUGUGGUGAUGCACUUCGACGUGGCUGAUGCUGCAACCCAUCUGACAAACUUUAUGGGGACUAGUUAUAUACUUACCAUCCUCGUUGCCUUCCUAGCAGACACUUAUUUAGGCCGAUUUAAAGCAGUUCUCAUUGCAGCAAUAAUUGAGUUCUUGGGACUUGGACUGCUAGCAUUGCAAGCUCACUAUCCUAAAUUCAAGCCCCCGCUCUGCAAUAUUUACGAUCCAACAUCUACAAACUGUAUUCAAGUUAGUGGAAGUAAUGCUGCACUUCUCUUUAUCGCUCUUUACUUGGUAGCAUUCGGCUCUGGAGGAGUGAAAGCUGCAUUGCCAUCUCAUGGCGCUGACCAAUUUGACGAUAAAGAUCCAAAGGAGGCAAGACAGAAGUCGAGUUUUUUCAAUUGGUUCUUAAUGGCACUAUGCUUAGGUGGUGCUAUUAGCUUAACGUUCGUAGUCUGGAUUCAAGAUCAUAAAGGAUGGGAUUUGGGCUUUUUUGUAAGCGUCGUUGCCAUGCUCCUAGGAGUGAUAGUCUUUUCUUCUGGAUUACCACAGUAUCGUUACCAUGUUAUUAAUGGGAGCAGUGCCCUUACUGAAAUUUUCCAGGUGUUUGUUGCAGCCAUUAGGAACAGAAAUCUUCAAUUUCCCGAGAACACUAAUGAACUGUACGAGAUCAAUAAGGACAAGGAAGCUGCAAUUGAAGCAGAAUUUCUACCUCACACCAAUGUUUUGAGAUUCCUGGACAAAGCUGCCGUCCAGACAUCUUCAAGACAGUUUGAAACACCAAAUCCAUGGAAACUUUGCAGAGUUACUCAAGUGGAAAAUGCAAAAAUUUUACUGAACAUGAUUCCGGUCUUCUGUUGCACAGUACCUAUGACUCUCUGCUUGGCUCAACUGCAAACCUUCUCAGUUCAGCAAGGUCUAACCAUGGACACAAGAAUCACCAAUUCCUUCAACAUUCCCCCUGCUUCACUCCCCAUCCUUCCUGUCUUGUUCUUGAUAUUCAUCAUCCCGCUAUACGACCAAAUAAUCGUCCCAUGUGCACGUAAGUUCACGGGUAUUCCCACUGGCAUAACACACCUGCAACGAGUAGGAGUUGGGCUCAUUCUAUCCUCUUUGUCCAUGGCAGUGGCUGCUAUAAUGGAAGUAAAAAGAAAAAAAGUUGCGAGAGAUCAUAACAUGCUUGAUGCAAUACCGAUUCUUCAGCCACUGCCGAUCAGUGUCUUCUGGUUGUCAAUUCAGUACUUCGUAUUCGGGAUAGCUGAUAUGUUCACCUACGUGGGACUUCUGGAAUUCUUCUAUUCCCAAGCUCCAAAGGAUCUUAAGUCGAUUUCGAGUUGUUUUCUUUGGAGUUCUAUGGCGUUGGGGUACUUCCUUAGCACCAUACUUGUGAACAUAGUGAACCAUGCAACGAAGAAUAUUACGCGCAGUGGAGGUUGGCUGGCUGGAAACAACUUUAACCGUAACAAUUUGAACCUUUUCUACUGGUUGCUCUCCCUGAUGAGCUUGUCGAAUUUCUUCAUCUAUCUUUUUGUUUCUAAGAGGUACAAGUACCGGAAAGAGGAGGGUCAUGAAGUUCAAAUCCAUGGGACUGGGGUACAUGAGUCGUAAAACGAAGAAGCUGAAAAAUAAUAGUAUAAAAAAAUCUCCUCACUUUAAUUGGUUUAAAUUGUUGGUGUUGUGUAAGUUUU